CGAGAGCAUUUCCUGCCACCUUCCUCGAUCCCAUCACCCUUUCCAUCCAUCGAUCGCUCCACUCCUCAGCUCGCAGCCAGCCUCGACAUGUCCGCCGCCGUCGGCUCGCCGUUCCGCGCCGCUCCCCUCGCGCAGCACCGCCGCCGGCGUGGGUACGCCGUUGUCCGGCGGUGCUCCGCGGUGGAGGCGGGAUGCGGCGCGGCCCCGCCCAUCCUGAAGGAGCUGCGGCUGCAGUGCGCGACGCCGCUUCCUCUGCUGCGGCGCGUGGCGGACGCCAUGGCCGCCGACAUGCGCGCCGGGCUCGCCGCGGACGGCGCCGGCGAGCUCAAGAUGAUCCCCAGCUACGUCUACUCGCUCCCCACAGGGAAUGAAACUGGGCUGUUCUAUGCUCUGGAUCUUGGAGGCACAAACUUCCGGGUGCUGAGGGUUCAGCUUGGAGGGAAAGAUAAGCGUGUCGUCGGCACCGAGUUCGAGCAAGUCUCCAUCCCAAAAGAAAUCAUGCAUGGUACAACAGAGGAGUUGUUUGAUUUUAUUGCGGACCGCCUGUCGGCAUUUGUUGCCAAGGAGGGUGGAGAUUUCCAUCUUGCGGAAGGUAGGAAUAGGGAGAUUGGUUUCACAUUCUCCUUCCCGGUGAAGCAGACUUCUAUUGAUUCCGGCAUUCUGAUCAAGUGGACAAAAGGUUUUGCUGUCUCCGGGACUGCUGGGAAAGAUGUAGUCGCUUGUUUAAAUGCUGCAAUGGAGAGACAGGGGCUUGACAUGCGUGUAUCGGCUUUGGUAAAUGAUACCGUUGGAACCUUAGCUGGAGCACAUUAUUGGGAUGACGAUGUGAUGGUUGCUGUCAUUUUGGGCACCGGCACAAAUGCUUGCUACAUUGAGCGAACCGAGGUCAUCCCAAAGCUGCAACACCUUGGACUUGGAGCAGGAAACACGAUUAUCAACACUGAGUGGGGAGCCUUCUCAGACAAUCUUCCUCUGACUGAAUUUGACAGAGCCAUGGAUAUUGAAAGCAUAAAUCCUGGUGAACAGAUAUUUGAGAAGACAAUUUCCGGGAUGUACCUGGGUGAAAUUGUUCGGAGGGUGCUAGUCAAGAUGGCUCAAGUUUCUGAUCUGUUUGGUCAUUCUUUCCCUAACAAACUUGCUGAGCCAUUUGUCCUAAGGACUCCGCAUUUGUGUGCUAUGCAACAAGAUAACUCAGAAGAUCUUGGACAAGUCAAAUCGAUCAUGCACGACAUCGUUGAUGUCAAUCUCUCUUCUCUUGCGGCACGAAGGGUGAUCAUAGAAGUUUCCGACUGUAUCAUCAAGAGAGGCGGUCGGUUGGCUGGCGCUGGCAUUGCAGGGAUUCUUCAAAAGAUGGAGGACAAUACCAAGGGGCUGAUCAGGAGAAGGAAAGUUGUUGCAAUGGAUGGUGGACUCUAUGAGAAUUACCCUCAGUACAGGGUGUAUAUGCUCGAGGCCAUGGCCGAGCUACUUGGUCCCCGGGACUCUGAGGAUGUCGUCGUCGAGCACACCAAAGAUGGCUCAGGGAUUGGCGCGGCACUUUUGGCUGCUGUUAACUCGAAGUAUGCAGCAUAGCUCUUGCCUUGACAGCCAAGACUCGGUAGGAACAUGUAGCAAAGUUUGCCGCUAGAAUCCAUUGACGGCUUCUGGAAAUGUAUUUAUGCUCAGAAAAAGAUUGCAUCAACAGAACUGAGCACUAGAUCACUGGAUACCGGAAAUGUAUUUAUGCUCAGAAAAAGAUUGCAUCAACAGAACUGAGCACUUGAUCACUGGAGAUUACAAGAGAUUUA